AUGACCAGCAACAGCAGCCAGAACAUCAGCAGCUGCAGCACCGGCGGAAGCGACGCGGCGGUCGGCGGCGGCGGCGGCGGCAACUGGCUCGGCUUCUCGCUGUUGCCUCACAUGGCGGCGACCAUGGACUGCGCGGCCGACGGCGCCAGCGGCGUUCCGGUGCAGCAGCACCACGGAGGCCUCUGCUACCCUCCCGUCGUCUGCUCCUCGCCCGCGCCCUUCGGCUACGCUCUCGGCGGCGGCCAAGAUGGUCCCGCCAAUGCUAGCGGGGGUUCUACCCAGGCUCUCCUCUAUGCCGCUCAACUCCGACGGCUCCCUGUGCUUCGUGGAGGCCCUCCAUAG